GCAAUAAAAAAUAUUACUACAUUUGUAUACGUGACAUAACAUUUGUACAUUCGUUUGGAUUUUUUAAAAUUAAUGUGAUGGCAAGCCCUGGUUUGAGUUCUCCACCCGCUGGAUGUGGUGCCUCCCUGGUUCAAAAAGUCCAGUUGAGAAUCUCCUGCAGAAACUUGCUGGACAAAGACAUCACCUCACGCUCUGAUCCCUGCGCAGUAGUUUGUUUGAAACAGAGCGGGAAAUAUAAGGAGGUCGGUAGAACUGAGAUUCUAAGGAACACACUGGACCCGGCUUUCACCCAGACCAUCCCAGUAGAGUACCACUUUGAGGCUGUCCAGCAGGUUAGGAUUAGAAUCUAUGACGUAGACAACGCCACCAAGAAAUUAAAAGACGAUGACUUCCUGGGUCAGGUCAAAUGUACCCUAGCUCAGAUAGUAUGCAGCAGCCCCUUCACUUCACCAUUGUAUACAAAACAUAAACAGCAAAUAACCAAUAGUGUAAUCACUGUUGUCGCUGAAGAAGUGAAGGUAAAUAAAGAGAUUGCCAUGUUUCGAUUUUCUGCAAAACAGUUGGACAACAAGGAUUUCUUAAGUAAAUCAGAUCCGUUUUUAGAAAUAUCUCGAUUACUUCCUGAUGGAACUUGGCAGGUCAUUUACCGAACGGAAGUGGUCAAGAACAAUCUUCAUCCUGAAUGGCGAGCCUUCAACUUAGAUCUUCCUACUUUGUGUUCCGGUGACUGGUCUAAACCGAUCAGGCUAACUGUGUUUGACAGUGACAAGAACGGUUCUUAUGAUUUGAUUGGAGGGGCCACAACGUCUAUGAGCGAAAUGAUCAAGGCGAUCAGUAACGAGGUCACGUGGUCUUGUAUUCAUGAAGUCAAGAAAAGUAAAAAGAAAAACUACACUGAUUCUGGUAGAAUAAUUCUCAACUCACUGCAGAUGUUCAAAGAAUUUUCUUUCCUGGAAUAUAUUUUUGGUGGACUGCAAAUGAAUUUGACCGUAGCCAUCGACUUUACUUCAUCUAACGGAAAACCUGACGACCCAAAGUCUUUACACCAUAUCAACCCAGAUCAACCCAACGAGUAUGUCCGGGCAAUCACCGCAGUGGGCGCCGUCCUCCAAGACUAUGAUUGGGACAAACUUUUUCCAGCCCUUGGGUUCGGCGCACUCAUUCCCCCAGACAUGAAAGAGUCUUUUGAGUUCCCGCUCAAUUUCAACCUUGAGAAUCCUUUUUGCUCUGGUGUUCAGGGCAUACUGGAGGCGUACUUCACCUGUCUGCCUAAGAUUCAGCUCUACAAGCCGACAAAAGUGGCGCCAGUCAUUCAGCACGUCAUCCGGUUUGCAGAAGACGCCCAGAGUAAAGAGGCUACUGGCAUGAGUUAUUGUAUUUUGUUGAUCCUGACUGACGGAGUUUUCUAUGGUAUACAUGACGUCAUGGACGCUUUGGUCCAGGCUUCCGGGCUGCCCAUGUCUAUCAUAAUAGUUGGCGUCGGUCAAUCAGAUUUCACUCAGAUGGAAGUGUUGGACGGUGACCACACUGAAAUCAAGUCCAGGGACGGCAGGCUGGCCCUGAGAGAUAUUGUCCAGUUUGUUCCUUUCCGAGACUUUCAGAAUAGACAUCCCAGUGAGUUAGCCAGCCAUCUGCUAGCUGAAAUACCGAGGCAAGUUACUGACUACUACAAACUGAGAAGGAUGCCUCCCAGCAGAACCAACUAUCCAUUUCCCGUGUAUCCAGCUUAAUACCAUGUGAAAUAAAACCUUUCGGAUAUCAGAGAAACGGAAUAGAUACUGGCCUAAUAUGUUAGGCACUAUCUUGUACAGAGAUCUAACAUGCGCUUAUGGUUUAUAUAUAAUAAUAAUAAUGUAUAUUUGAAAUGAAUAAUAAACAAGAUAAUUAUAAUUUAUAUACAUCUUAUCUUCUAAUCUUAUAUAAUACAGACGUUACUUCAAAAAAGAAGAUGAUUACGUCCUACGCGUCAUGCAUUUAGUCAUGUAUAGUGUAC